AAACCAGGUCAUUACGCAUCCUCUCAUUCCUUUCUUGUUACUCAUCCAUGGCUGGCUGCUGCCUUUUCCUAUCUGUUGGACAGAGAUUCCAUCGAUACCCAUAUAUUUUGCUUCUCUGUCUCUAAGCAUAGACUGAAGUAAGACCUAUGCUAGCUGUCUAAGAUCUCUUGUAGACUUCUUUUAACUCCCCGUUGCAGCAACUCAUUUACUGUUUUAAAGACCGUCAACUUUCUGUUUGUUUUGGGUUUGAGUAAUUUGAAAUCUUGAAUAAUUUUAACUUGUGCUUAUGGGGUUUCUUUUAAUUACAGAAAUAUGUUUUUUUUUUCUUUCAUUGUCAAUGAGAGAACGUUAAGAGAUUAUUAGAUUCCCGUAAUUGCUGGAUGGAAGAAAGAAAAAGUAGGACAUUUUCAUUAUUCUGAUUUAUUGAUAUACAAUAGAUAUAUGCUAUUUUCCUGUAAUUUUUCUUUUCAAAGGUAAGGAUCAUUAAGUAUUGUCAAUCCACUUUAAUUACAGUGAUGCCAUUGUUUGAACCCUGCAAUUCAUGGGCAUGGUCAACAAUUAGAAGUUAGAGUCAAACUGAUGGCUGACGUGGCUGACAUACCUAAUUGUUAUGUUGCAAAGCAGGAUUCUGGAACUUUACUAAAUAAAAACAUGGGAGUUUGACUACAGUUUCCGAUUUUGUAGGCCACGGUUGUUUGUUUUGCGGAUGUUCUCAUUGUUAUAAUCAGGGUUCCAGUCCUUUAACGUUGCCUGCAACCUUGCCCGGUCUCCUUUGACUCAAAAGAAAAAAUUCAAGGAGAAAAAGGAAAAAGAAGAAAAAUUGGAACACAAGAUUUCUCUCAUCCUUGUGCUUUAGUUUCAUCUUCUUUAUUUGACAACUGCCCCCAUUCUUUAUUAUUAUUAUUUUUUUUUUUGGCUUUAUUAACUGUGUUGAUUUGGAGAUUCUUUCAACAUGGAAUGGUCUGCAACAUCCGCUACAAAAGCAUAUCUUGAGACCCUUCAAUUGUGUAAUAAUUAUCAGAACAAGAGAAGUGACUCAUGGAAAACAAGAGAGCCUGGAAGCAACGAGUUCAUAUCAGCCUUAGCAGCUGGCACGAAGUCAAAACUGAUAGUAGAGAUCAAAUCUAGUGUAUCACCAUCCACAAUAGCAUUAGCCACUGCUGCGAAGCAUACUGGGGCCAGGUUCGUCUGCAUUCUACCAGAGGCUGCCCUUCCUGAAGCAAAAAAGGAUACAAAAGAUUCAGAUUGCAAGAAUGAUCACUACCCAAAGUUGUUGAAGAUGAUAAAUCUUAAUCCAGAAAAGGCAGUGGUAGUGGCUGACAACUUGGCUGGUGACAAGGAAGGCUUGGGAGGUUAUGUCACAGGAAUGAAGAAUAAGGUUCCAGUGAGGUCUAUGAAGCAUCCCAUUGGGAAAGGAAUGGAAAUUACUACUAUUGGAAGAACCGUCAAAAGUGAAAGGCGAGAUCAGGGUGGUAAAGGUCACUUUGGGGCAGAAAGAAGGGGAAUUCCCAUGAAGAAGACUGCUAUUGCUAAGAGCAAAUGGAUUGUUAAAGUUGAUGAGGAGAGUGGUGAGGAACAUAUCUUCAGGCUGCCAAGAUCUCUUUAAUUAAACUUUCCUCUACCAAAAAAGUUAACAUUGCACUGCGGAUCUAUGAGCUUGAAGUCAUAGCUUCAUUGUGUAUUGAAGCUGUAAAUUCUGAGUUCUGAUAGCUGGUUGGAGGCGGCUGCUCUUGCAUUAGAUCCUAAUGGAUAUUCAACAAGCCAAUUGUCACUUCUUUAAUAGUCCGAUAUAUAAAAGGCUUAAUGAGAAAGCUGGCGUUUUCAACAGAUUUUCUGAUCUCCAACUGGUUCAGCAUCUCUGCAAAUAGUGAUAUUGCAUCCCAUGCCAAAGCUGUAAUAGAAAGGCCUAGUGAGGAGUAGCCAAACCUUGACCCUGCCAAAUUGGCUCUGUCUUCAGCUCUCCAGCGCAAUGUUAGCUUAAUUUGCUAAUGCCAUCAAAAUCUCAACCAGUCCCCCAUUAUUUAAGUUAAAAUGUUGCUUAUUUCACAUCUUGAUUCAUGUGCAAACAGGUGUUAUGAAGUGUGUUUUUCAUGGUUUACUCUGAAAUAAUAAACAUAUUUAAUUUUUAU